UCCACACAGACAAGUACUUUAGCAAUUGUAUAUGCAAAUGAGAAAGUAGCAACUGCUGAGUGUUUGUGACAGGCUAUAAAAUUUUGUAGAGUUGUAUUGACAGUGAGUUUGCAGCUAUUAGUUUGGCAGACUCUAACUUUAGACUUUAUAGCAGGAUGCAACAUUUUAUAAUGCCGAUUAUUUGGUGUAGAAUGUCUUUAUCCACCAAAGAAGACAAAGGCAUCUCAUCUGGGAGACAGGACACUAGAGAAAUAUGUAGAGCAAACAAAUCCUAAACAGUGGAAAAAUGGAUGCUACCCUAGGCUUCCUUCUGAGUCACCAUUGGUUUGCUACACACUGAUCAACUUGUUCUAACUUGUCUACUAAUCUAGCUGCGUCUUCUCGCAUUGAGGUCAGAAGCAAGACGUCCGGAAGCAGCAGCAAAGAAGCGGCGUGUCACUGAUCAUCACCUUCCACGUGUUCAGAAACCGCUUCCUCCGCCUCCUUUCUCUGUCUUCAGACCUCCGCCGCCGACCUACUGCGUCUACGCAGCUCCCACCUCAAGAAGAACUUCGCGUCACAUUCCUACUGUUUACAUUCAAUACGUUGCUUUACCUAGAAUGGACGACAGAACGACUAGCUCGCCAGUAACGACUUGACAUCACUAACUUUGGUUGGAAAUUACGACCUACAAGUAGUGUUCUAAUUGGUUGUUUUUGAAGCAUUGCGAAAACUUGUUGCUAAUUACACCACACGCACUGGUAAAUGAGUGACGAUAAAGAUUUCUUUAAUUCUUUGUUUACUAAUCGCACCUCGUCUCUAUGUAUAUGAAAUUGCGUAUCCUGACGUAAAAUAGCAGUGGAUCGCUCUCUGUGGUCACGCAUCCGGCGUCAACGCCCAAGUUAGGAACUAGAGACGGGAGUGCGCGUGUCGAACUCGCCUCCCUGUUGGUUUACAUUCUAUUGCUGCUAAGUUAUUUCUGCAUCUCACAGAGUCGAUGCGCCAUUUCAGUCUAGCAACAAGCUGGACUAAGGCCACGUCCAGAAUCGGUCUGAUCGUUUACGUAGAUCAUUGAUCGAGACAAGAUCGCGAUUGCGUUGUUAUGAAGCCACUAGAGUUGACACGCGUUGUUUUCUUGUCUUUCUUCCUACAUUUUCAACAAGUGUUUGCCCAAAACAGUGACGGGUGCUGGCCAGAGAGCCGCGGCCGCAUCUAUGGAGGAAGAGAACAGCCGGGCUUGGGAUGGAUGUGUCUACUCGACAUCAAAGGAAGAUCGAACUUCUGCGGAGCAACUCUGAUUGAGAAGCAGUGGCUGCUGACAGCAGGACACUGCAUGGUGGCCAAGAAUUUUACAAUUGCCACGGCCGACAUUGGCAUCUACCAUCGCAACAUUUUGGACGAAAACAAUAUGAAGCAACCGCUCACUCCAGAGCGUAUACAAGUCGACGCCGUCUUCGUUCAUCCGCAUUUCAAAAGCUCCGCACACGCGCUGUACAAUGACAUCGCUCUUGUUCAUCUCAAACGUCCAGUGAACAAUAUGAGAGAAACCGUACUCUAUGCUACGUCGCACACGAACACGACGGACCUAAAAGGUGGGGUAUUGCUUGGUUGGGGACUGCGAGAGAACGGACAGGAGUCGGACUACUUGCUGUGCACUGAAGUACCGUUCAAAUCUCUCAAAGAAUGUAACAGUAGUCGAUCUUAUCAAGGAGCAAUUACGAACUCGAUGAUAUGCGCGGGUGCGGCUGGGAGAGACGCGUGCAGCGGUGAUUCCGGCGGCCCUCUUGUCGUGCGCCACGUGUGGAAUGGAAUGGACAGGUGGUUGCAAAUCGGGGUGAUCUCGUUCGGUCUCGAAGACGGUUGUGCAAUGAGCGACUUCCCAGGCGUUCACACUCGCAUUGCAGCCUACACAAACUGGAUUGAUCGUAUCGUGUAUGCAUCUCUGUGUCCUCAUGACGGAUUUCCAGAGAAUGGCUACACUGUCAACUUCCAGGCCUGGUACGUCGAAGGAGACGACGUGCUGUAUCGUUGUUUGCCUGGCUUUACAUUAAUCGGACUCGAAUCGAGGCGAUGCCGCAGCGACGCGAGACUGGAAGGAUCGAAGCCCAGAUGUGUAACUGUGCACACUUCAAUUGAAUGCGACAACCCAGGCAAGCCAGAGUUUGGAGUCAGAGUAGGCAGCGAUUUCUCAGCUGGCCGAGUGAUUCACUUCGCAUGUCUCCACGGCUACCGUCUCGAAGGCUACACAGAGAUCAGCUGCUCCCUGACAGGCGAAUGGUCUGCAUCGCCACCAAAAUGCGUCCGAAUCGUUUCUUGUCCGCCAUUGCCGAAGCUCAAACGCGGCUUUAUGUUCAGCCAGAACUACUCUGUUGGUCAGACGGCGCAUUACCAAUGCUAUCAGGGAUACGAGUUGCAAGGCAAUAGCCAGAGAACCUGCUUACCUGGAGGGCACUGGUCAGGUAGCCACCCGCGCUGCAAACGCUCGUGCCCCGUCUUGCCGCGUUUGAGGAACGGACGCGUUAUCGCCGGCGCCGUCAAGAUAUCCUAUGCUUGCAGUAUAGGUUACAGACGAAGCGGACCAGUCAGCAGUAUUUGCCGGAGGGGAACGUGGAUUCCGGGUCCGCCCGUUUGUCGACCUGUAUACUGUGGAGAUCCAGGAGAGGUUGCAAAUGCUACUCGAUAUGGUGGAGGGCGUUUUGAAUAUAGCAGUCGUGUCACAUACACAUGUGGCUCCUGUAUGGUUCUUCCUGAUGGCAAGAAGUCUGUUUCACGCACAUGUGAUUCCAAUGGCCAGUGGACUGGAACACCGCCUAUCUGUUCAAGUUCAACAUGUACAGUGCGAAUGCCACACUCGGAUGAAGCUGUAGAUGGACUGACUAUUCGCUGUGGGACAAAUGUUCAAUUUGCAUGCCAGGUUGGGUAUAGACUGGCAGGCACUCAUGCCGUGCAAUGUCAAGAUGAGGGGAAAUGGUCAGCAGAAUUACCCCACUGUGAAGUUGGGUGUAUGGAUGACAGUCAAUGUUCAGACGAAAUGGAUCCAGUAUGUGGCAGCGAUUCAACCACCUACUACAGUGAAUGUCAUCUCAAUGCUACUAGCUGCAAAGCAGGGCAGGAAAUACAUGUAGCUCACAAAGGGGCAUGUGCAACUGGAGGAAAUGAACCCAAGUGUCAAUGUCGCAGCCAAGGCUUGUCCAACUUAGACUGCUUAGAAACUGAAUAUGCUCUCAUAGGAAAUGUUACAUCAAUUAAUCACAGAGAAACGGCAAUUCAACCACUCAAGUUAUAUCUUAAUUCUAAGGCUAUUGGUGACAGCUCAGAAGAUAGUUUGCUCUUCCUACGCCGAAGAGAAUCAACACAAUGCCUUUGCCCAAACUUUACUACUGGGCAAUUCUAUUUCAUUGCUGGAAAGUUGAAACGAGGAAAACGCAUUCUAUCAUCCAGGACAGUUGUCAUCUCAAUGAAAGAGCUGACACAACGAAAGAUUGAGCGGAUUCUUCGGGAAUGUGACAAUUUUAAUUCGAUAAACAACUGAUGCCUAGUGAAACAACACAAUACAUUUUAUAUAGAAAUAGAUACUAAGAGACAAGAACGUGAUUUGAGGUAUUGAUGUACACCCUAGCUAUGUUUAUUUGCAUUCUGUAUCAGGUGGUGUACCCUGAACUCCAGUAAUUAAUUAAAUACUUCCUUGAA